AAGGAUUACUUCUACACCCACACGGCCUGCGACGCCCACGGGAAGACGCAGCUGAUGUUCAAGUGGGCAGAGCCCAAAAUCUGCAGCGAGGACCUGCCCCAGGCGGCCCAGCUGCCCCCCUCGGGGAUGAAAACCCAGUGUCCUCCCUGCAACCCCGGCUUCGCCAAGGGCAACGGCAGCGCCUGCCAGCCCUGCCCCUACGGCUCCUACCCCAACGGCUCUGGCUGCCUCAGUUGUCCUGCGGGGACAGAGCCGGUGCUGGGGCUGGAGUACAAGUGGUGGAACGUGCUGCCCCCCAACAUGGAGACCACCGUCCUCAGCGGCAUCAACUUCGAGUACAAGGGCAUGGCAGGCUGGGAGGUGGCCGGGGACUACAUCUACACAGCGGCGGGAGCCUCCGAUAGCGACUUCAUGAUCCUGACACUGGUGGUCCCCGGCUUCAGCCCCCCGAGCCCGGUGCUGGAGGACGCAGAGAGCAAGGAGGUGGCCAGGAUCACCUUCGUCUUCGAGACCAUCUGCAGCGUCGGCUGCGAGCUCGGCAUCAACUCCCGCACCAACACGCCAGUGGAGACGUGGACGGGCCCCAAGGGGAAGCAGUCCUACACCUACGUGGUGGAGAAGAACGCCAGCACCAGCUUCACGUGGGCUUUCCAGCGCACCCCUUACCAUGAGGCGGGCCGGCGGUACAGCAGUGACAUGGCCAAGCUCGGCACCCCCGUCUGCCACCCCUGCGGCCCCGGCACACGCAGCAACCAGCUGCGCUCCCUGUGCUACAGCGACUGCAGGCUCUCGGUGCCGCUGCGGGGCCACAUCCUGCGCUACAACUUCUCAGCGCUGGCCCCCGGCGCCACCCUCGCCGUCGGCCCCAGCUUCACCGCCAAGGGCCUCAAGUACUUCCACUACUUCAGCAUCAGCCUCUGCGGCAACCAGGGCAGGAAGGUGGCCUCCUGUCGCGACAACGUGACGGCCACCGCCCGCGUGGUGACGUCCCACGCGUGCCAGGCCAUCGUGGUACCCCCCGAUGUCACCG